GAAACCGUCUAGAAGCAGGAGGACAAGCUGUAGCUCGAUUAUAUAAUAGUAAUAAUAUUCAUAAUAAUAAAAAAUAAUAAUUAUCAUAUAUUACAUAGAUGUUUUUGUAAGGGUGGUUUAUGAAUAUAUGAUUAAUGUUUGACGUCACGAUGUAACGGGACUUGAUUUGUGUAAUUUGUGAGUAAUAAGACCAAUAAACAAACCCACUUACAGCUGUUACAAGUAACAAAGCCACAUUAUUUGCUGCAGGAUCCAGAAAAAAAAACGUGUCAAAGAUGCAGAUGCACUUUGAAGCGUCAAGCACGGUCACGUUGCUCUUUGACUUCUGGAGUGUACACGGACCUGGAGGAAUGGUUCUUUCAGUCUUGGUGGUACUGCUGCUUACAGUAUUAUACGAGAUCCUCAAGGUGUGGAAGAACGUUCUUGUCAAACGGUCUGAAAGUCAUAGCUUUUCUCCAGAGCUGGAGCAUCCCCAGAGCAGCUCGUCACUAGCUAACAGUCCCUCCCAGGUGUCUCUGGCUCCCACGGAGAACACCACUGCCCCUGUUCUCGGCACUUCCACUGCAAACAGCUGGCUCCUUCAUGGCGUUCGGACAGGACUGCACAUUGUUCAGGUGGUUCUGGGAUACAUGCUUAUGCUCUGUGUCAUGUCUUACAACGUCUGGAUAUUCCUCGGAGUGAUUGUGGGCUCUUUGUUAGGCUACUUCAUCGCUUUCCCUAUCUCAGGUUAUGCAAUGUAACUGACCAGGGGUUAAAUGUAGUAGAUGCAACUAAUCAGGGUUUUUUUUUUUUUCUUUUUAGAUUUUUUUUUUUUUUCUUUUUUUUUUUUUUUUUUUAGACUUACAAUCUUUACAAAUUAUGCAAAAGAGCUGCCAGUCAAUAACCUCAGUGCCUAAGUGUUUGUACUCCGUAUGAUUUUUUUUUUUAAAUGAUGUUUUUAUUUUUAGAGAUUGCCGUGUGGUUUUAACGUAAUCAAAUAAUCAAAUUAGCUUUAAGUUAAUUUGCUUUCAGAGUGCCAAUGGUAGACGUUGAAUUCAUUGAAACGGUGCAAUUUCUGAUUAUAUGAUCGUCGUUUGUGCCGCAUGUGGAUUUACAGUCAUGCGUUUAUGGCUUUAGCACUGGGACACCUGAUGUCCUGUCUAAACACUGUGUCAUGUGACCAGGAUGGUCAAUACAACUUCAAUGUGUAAUGUGUAUUUCCUUUUAACCUGCACAGGGAAAAUGUGCUCUAUGUGUUUUACACUGUAUCUGCAGUAAAAAAAAAUUAUUAAAAAAGAAAGGGGGGGGGGCGGCAGAGAGUAAUAGUCUGCAUUGACUUUACUUCCCUCUCGAGUGAUUUAGUCAUAAUGUGAACUCCCCUGGUUGCACAGUUUUGGUCCUCGUGAUGGACACGAUACUCACACGUCAGUCAGUGACUUUUUUUUUUUUUUUUUUUUUUUCUCCCCAGUAUGGGAAGUAUUAAAAAGAAAAAAACUCUAGAAAUCAUGCAAAUCAUUUACCUUCAAUGUUGGAGCGAGAUGAAAAGAGAAAUGUUUUUAAAAAAGUAAAUCUUUAAUUUACUGCCAUUUUCUUUCCUCGCUAACAAAUCAGAUCUCACUUUUUAUAAGCUAUAACGUUUUUAAAUGAUAUUAAAUUGGUUUGACUAAUAAUUUUGAUUGUGUUUGUGUUAUUAAGAAAGGAAUGCUGAAUAAUAAUGAGAAUGCUGUGAGGUGAGAGCUGUAUUCGUGACCGCAGAGAUGUGAUUUAUUCUGCAGGUUCAUUGGGAUUUCAAAAUAUCUGACCUUUCAUCAUUUAUUAAAAUUUUUAGUAAAGUUUUGUAAAUGAAAUUAGAUUAAAUGUGUUUAUUAAAUUAUAAUACAUUUUUAAUUGUAUUGUUUUUAAUUAUAAAUUAUUAUUUUUAUUAAUAUUCAUUCAUUCAUUCAUCUUCUACCGCUUAUCCGAACUACCUCGGGUCACGGGGAGCCUGUGCCUAUCUCAGGCGUCAUCGGGCAUCAAGGCAGGAUACACCCUGGACGGAGUGCCAACCCAUCGCAGGGCACACACACACACACACUCAUUCACUCACGCAAUCACACACUAGGGACAAUUUUCCAGAGAUGCCAAUCAACCUACCAUGCAUGUUUUUGG